UCGGUUUACCGUCUUUGUUUGUCCGGAGCUGUUUUGGCUUCAGACGAACCGGAGACACGAACGGGAGGGACGGAGCUCCGCUGCUGGCUGCAACUACUGCGUUAUUCAUUAGUUUAUAACCGAGUAAUAAUCGGGACCGACAUGCCGUCCGACAGACCCUUCAAACAGAGGAGGACAUUUGCUGACCGGUGCAAAGAGGUUCAGCAGAUCCGCGAGCAGCACCCCAACAAGAUCCCAGUAAUCAUUGAGAGGUAUAAGGGAGAGAAACAGCUGCCUGUUUUGGACAAGACCAAGUUCCUGGUCCCGGAUCACGUCAACAUGAGUGAGCUGGUUAAAAUCAUCAGGCGUCGGCUGCAGCUGAACCCCACCCAGGCCUUCUUCCUGCUGGUCAACCAGCACAGCAUGGUGUCGGUCUCCACGCCCAUCUCCGAGAUCUACGAGCAGGAGAGAGACGAGGACGGCUUCCUCUACAUGGUCUACGCCUCGCAGGAGACCUUCGGCCGCUGCUAGGGAGGGAGAGCGGGGACGACUUCGGGUGCUGAGAGAGAGAGAGGAUGGACGACCAGAAACCUCCGAACUCCACCUCCACCCUCUCGAGCAGCAGCACACCCCCCCUCCACCCUCUCUGUCGUAGUCGAGCACCUUCUUCUCUUUGGUCAGUCAGUAGCUACAAAACCAGAGAACAUCCUGUGUCUCCUUCCAAAAAUCAAAUCUGAUUUUUCUCUCCUUUUGGCCUCGCACAGGCUGAGUUCUCUUAUUUUGAAAGGGUGACAAACCGACCAGUGACUUUGACGUUUUUGGACGAUGUCUCGAUGAUGCUUGAUUGAUUAACAGAUUGGUUUUUCCUUGUAACACUACACAUGAAUCAAACUUGAAAGCAGGCGAGCCGGGCAGAGGUCAGGGUGUAGCCCGAGGAAGUCCGAACUCCUCAGCGAAGUGAAAGCUGGCAGAUUAGAAGAGAAAAAUGUCCUUUUUAAUUCAUUUUGAAUGAGUUUGUGUUUAGUUCAGUUUGUGUUCUGUAGCUCUGACGUUUCCUGUCAGCCUGAAGCUCAGCGCGCCUCCUGCUGGCCAACAAUCUACAUUACUGUGAUCCUCAUCGGGCUGUUAGCAUUUACAGUCAUUUUACAUGUGCAAUAUUUCUCCUCACACUAACACCACGAAAAACACAUUCGUAUCGUCUGUCUUCAUCCGCGACCCCGCAAGCACAACACAGGCCGCACGAGGCUGCGAGCUGUCCUGCAGACGCCUCAGAGGCGGAGUCUCACAGAAACAUUUCUUUGAUGGGGGGUCACAAACAAGAAGGAUGGCGGGAUGGGAUGCUUUUAUUUUAACGCGCUGAGGCCAACCCGGGUCACGCUGCGGCGCCUCCUCCCUGUAAGAACACCAAGGUAGCAUAACACGUAACAAAAUGUAUUUAAUGUAGGAUUUGAAUGAGCUUCUUUUGCACAUCAAUUAAUACAAAUAUAUGAAAAAGACGGUGUAGGGUUUUUUUAGUAAUUACUGUAUAACACUUCUCUUUUUGUAUCUGCUCCUCUUUUCUGUCUUUAACAGGAAAUCAUUCUGCACUACAAACCUGCAUGUUUUCCUUUUUUAUAAAUGUGUACUGAUUUUAAGCUCUGGAUGUGACUGUACUGUUUAAAUUUAAUCUUUUUCGAUGUUUCCCAAACCAAAAACUGAAAAUAAGUGAAAAUAUGACUUGUGUGCGUAUAAACGAUCAUAUAGUCGAGCUGUAUUACAGAGUGUGUGUUUCUUUAGGCUUUCUGACGUUGUCACUGUACGGAGGGGUGUACAUAGAUGCAUUGCUACAACCUAAUUCAAAUUAUUUGCCAAUAAAUAAAUAAAAAAAGUUGCCUUUAAAAUGA